UGUACCACAUCCUCUGCCUCCAAUUCUCUCCUCCUUCGGAUCUGGUAGGACCUCCUGCCGCUUGACUCGAAUCGGUUGUUCACAUGCUCGGGCAUUCUUCAGGCAUUGAGAUCAAAGCUGGAUUGAUUAGCAGGACAAGUGAGGGGCAAUCGUUGAGGAUCACCCGAGACUCGAAGGAGGCAACUCGUCACUCAUCUUUGUAGACAUGAUAUCGAUCCUGUACCGAUCUCGUGUCCUAGUAAGAGGCGAUUGCAGGUCUGAGUGUUCUAGAUUAGUGCCAUUGCACUUUGACCCGAGACAUGAGCAGAUCAACUGAGCUGAAUCUCGAUAAUCAAAGGUCAUUUGCAACCCUGAAUCACUUGCUGGCAUGAAAAGUAUCGAGGUCAAAAUCAGACCAUUGUCUAGUAAUAUUGACCUGUUGCCUCACAAAGCUGUGAAGUUUUAAUCACGAUAAAUGGAAGUACUGAGGGCUCGGCCUGGUCGCGAAUCUGCUAGCCUUAUCUCACUAAUUCAAAUCUGAUUUAAUGGAGAGGGUUGACAGCUUUGAGCCGGGAUUGAAAAUUCCAUACAGCUUGGUCAAACUUUCAACCUUGGAGCCUUCCAUCAGAUAAGCCUUCUCGCAACAGUUUACAACACGAAUCGAUGCGAUUUGAGUUUCGCCUCAAGCAAAUGCUUCGCUCGGACUGAAUCUAUUUGGACUCAACUGGAGCAAGAAAGGGAGACUGCACGUGGAGCACUGAUUUGGUAGGGGUGUGAUGAAUAGACGGACGAAUAUGCCAACUGCUGGCCAGAUAUUAAGGCGAGGAUUCCAGAUCUAGAAGAAUUUCAUGAUUAAAUAUCAGGGGAACACCAUAUGAGAUACCAAGUUUAUCUACAGUUAGUAGAUAUCAGAAAAAGGAUUUGCCACUGCAGAACACAAUGUUGACCUGAUGAGAUAUACUACGAUUGCAAAAUCUUUCUGAGCUUUUCCAGUCUUUGAAUUCACGUUUCGCUUCUUCAUCUGGCAUUGGGUCCAGUUUUACAAACUUGCCUGGGGUAACAUCAUCUGAGUCCUCACAAUGAAAAUAAAAUUGUGCCACACUAAGAUAAACAUUUAUAAACACAAGCGUUCUCUUGCGUGCACCCUUUCCUCUGCUUGUACAGAUUUGACUACAGAGAUAAAAAAUAAGUGGUGGCUGCGUCGGUUCAGAAACACAAAGGUCGCUCUGAUCAUGGAUGGCCCCAGAAGUGGUAUUGUAGCAGAAGGAAGUCCGAACAGAAAGUGUCCGAAUGAAGAUCUUGCUAAUCUCGAGUGCUUCAAAUAUCUCGAAUCACAUGAACUCCAUGUUCUGGCUUUCAAUUUAUAUCAGAGAGAGAAGGAGAAUACACGAAGUUUCAGAAGAUCAGAGGCAGAGGCUUUGCAGGAUGACAACGUCAGAAAACUGCAUGCUCUGAUUUCGUUGAAAACAUGAAGUUCUUGCAGAUACGAUCCAGUGUGAUGAAAUUCGUAGACUUUGAAUUCACCUUCCGAAGAAGAUUAUGAAUUCAAAGAGCGGAAUUAGGUUGACAUUGGUAUGUCUCUUACAGUCUCUUAUUUUACAGGUCCUCGUUCCGUCGUCCAUAUUACGUUUGGCAUUACUGCACCUGAAGCGACGUGACCUUUCAAAGUAUGAGUAUCGAUGUGCAGCAACUUUCUUUAUUCCUGAGAACCAGAAGAAACUCAACUCCUGUUAUGGAACAGGCUGCUCAAGCUCAAACUCAGAGCUUGUAGCGAGCUGCAGACAGAACUCGAAGUAUCAGUCCAAGCCAAUCCACAUCUCGUCUUGUAAGAGGACCAGGCACAACGGAAAUUUCAUUUUCAUUGCAUGCUCAGGCAGAACUGCGAAAUGAUAAGAAUGGUGUGGCUCUACUACGUCCCAAGCUGAACGAGGGAUUCAUACAAAAUUCAAUGGAGGAACAAAGUGUAGGUAAUCCGUGCGCUACACUAGAUUCGACAGAAGGAGAAAAUGUUGAUUCCGGUUCGCUCUGAAUCCCCUGUCACCAAUGCAUCGAGAUUUUCAGGUUCAGUCUACUUCUGGAGGCCUCAUCAUCAUGUAGCCUGCAGAUUCCAGCAGAUGUGUAGGCGGCUAAAGGAUGGGCAAAGUGCUCAAACUGGUAUUUCAGGAAGUUAUUGACACCUACCAUAAGUUGUCGGCUUUCGUAAAAAUCAAGGGGAAGCACAUAGUUGACUUUCUGGAGAUUCGCUUCAUGGAUGUACAAAAUCCUUCGGAGAACCGCAUUUGUAUGUUAGGGCCGUAACUACAAUGGACUAGAAAUGUUUAAAGAAGCUGGAAACUAGUCUGUCAAGCAUCCGAGAAGCACGAGUACAAUGGUCGCAAGAGGCACGAAUCGUAGGCCGAGAAGAAGCUGUUUCAAGUCUCUGGAGCGAAAGCUUUCGUUCCAGUAGCUGCUUCAUUUCAUCGUCUGAGAAGUGACGAGUGCAUGAAAAGAACCGCACAACAAAACCGAAAUCAGAUUCACGAUGGCAGGGAGGGGGGGUCAGGGCAAGCCAUGGCCAGGGCAAAGGCCAGAGCCGUCUGAUUCGGAUUCGGAGACGGAGACGGAAUCGGAUGCUGACGAAGGGCAGGAUGGAGCUCAGCCGAGGCGUCUGCCACCGCCGCCAAACAUUCGUUUUCCAACUGUCAGACCCAGCACCGUCGGCGCAGUUCUGCUGGGAAGGUCUAGGAGUACAUCGCAGACUCCAACCAGGAGAGAUCGCAGCAGGUCGCCGAGCCGCGCUGAAGCUGCUGCUGCUGCUGCUGCUGCUCCGCCCGCUGCUCCGUCCGCUCGAGCAUCGGGAUCUAGAGGUGCAUCACCAAUUAAGACCAGGCUUAGGAGCGCACGUCCGAGGCCGGAUGGAGCAGCGGCACCAGCAGCUGCAGAUUCUGCUGUUGCCAGCGGACAGCAGCAAACGGACUCGACAAGGACUGCUCGAGCGUCGGGAUCUAGAGGUCCAUCACCAAUUAAAUUCAGGCUUAGGAGCGCACGUCCGAGGCCGGAUGGAGCAGCGGCACCAGCAGCUGCAGAUUCUGCUGUUGCCAGCGGACAGCAGCAAACGGACUCGACAAGGACUGCUCGAGCGUCGGGAUCUAGAGGUCCAUCACCAAUUAAGAUCAGGCUUAGGAGCGCACGUCCGAGGCCGGAUGGAGCAGCGGCACCAGCAGCUGCAGAUUCUGCUGUUGCCAGCGGACAGCAGCAAACGGACUCGACAAGGACUGCUCGAGCGUCGGGAUCUAGAGGUCCAUCACCAAUUCCGACCAGGCCUAGGAGCGCACGUAAGUUGUCUGAAGAGUCGCGAGCAGCAGCAGCAGCUCCAGCUCCAGCUGGUGCCAGCAGUCAACAGCAAUCGGCCGCUGGAGCCCCGGCUGCUGAGUCUGUCCAAGGAUCAGGGGCUGGAAGUACAUCACGUCCUCAGAGCAGGGUUAAGAACAGACCUCCGAAAUCGGAUCCACCAGCAGCACCAGCUCCUGCUGAUGGCAGCACUCAACAGCCAAGAUAUCAAACCAGAUCUCAAGCAAGAGCCCGAGAUCAGACUCCGGCUCGAGGCACAGCAGCAUCUGGUCCAUCUUCUAAGCGGGACCCGCCGGCAUCGUCUGGACGGGUAUCGACAGCUCCAUCCACCCAAAGAGCAGCUCCAGCUCCAGCUCCAGCUCCCGUGCAAUCUCAGCAAGCGAGAGGAAGACAGCCCAAGUCGCCGGCACGAGGCGGAAGUCCUGGACAAAGUUCAUCACCGAAGUCUGCAGUGGCUGUUCCAAGAGGCGGCAGUCCGAAAGGAGGAGCAGCAGCAGCAGCAGCGGAUGGGGAGGAUACUGAUAUGUUGAAUUUUGGCUCGGCGGAUCUAGAAGAAAAUCUUCCACAAGAUGCUCUGUAUUUCCUUCCUUCCCUCGACCAUCUUCCACUCUUCGUGAGUGAAGAGCCGCCGCCUUUCCAGGAUUUCCGAUUAACCGCACAAGAUGUGGCAAUAGCGCUGGACGGUGCUCUGAUUCAGAACCGGGUCAAGGGCACGCCAGCGGCAUCGCCGCGGCCCGACGGAGUGCCGGCGAGAGCGACGUGGUUGGAUUCAGUUCUGACCCAUGCUCAGACACAGGCAGCGUUGAGCCCACAGCCCGUGGCUCCGCAAAUCAUGUCACCGCCUCGAGCCGGUGGAGGUGCCGACGGUGCGCCAGUCCUGCCGAUUGGAUUACAGCCCAUGCCUCUGCAAGUGAGGUCACCUGACGGUACCAUUGUUACGCCAUCCAUGGCCGGAUCGCCUAGCCGGGUGAGCUCCCCCCUGGCGAGUACAGCCGCGGGCUCGCACGGUACAUCCAAUUUUCCAUCCCCGGGCGGAUUGCCUAGCCGGGUGAGCUCACCCCCGGCGAGUACAGCCGGGGGCUCGCACGGUACAUCAAAUUUUCCAUCCCCGGGCGGAUCACCUGGCCGGGUGAGCUCGCCCCCGGCGAGUACAGCCGGGGGCUCGCCCGGUAUAUUAAAGUUUCCAUCCCCGGGCGGAUCGCCUAGCCGGGUGAGCUCGCCCCCGGCGAGUACAGCCGGGGGCUCGCCCGGUAUAUUAAAGUUUCCAUCCCCGGUCGGAUCGCCUGGCCCGGUGAGCACCCCCCUGGCGAUUACAGCCGGGGGCGCGGACGAUGUCGCUGACAUGGACGAGGAUUUUGACGAGGAGUUCAAGUUGUCGGAGAAGGACUUGACUGAUGCUCUGUCAUAUGCUGACGACCUGGACAAUCUGGAUCCGCUGAUCAUGCAUGCCCUUCGUCAAGCAGGCCAUCCCGCUCCUGGAAGUCCGGGGUGGGAGGAGUUUCUGAAGAGCCGAGGACUGCAGCGAAAAGCUCGAAAGCCUGAUACUUGGCAAGCGCAAGAUGCUGUUGCUCUUGCAUCUGGCGAUGCCGGAGGCACUGCCCUUCCGGCAUCGACUGACGGACGAGCUCUCGAUUCUGGCGAUGCCGGAGGCGAUGACGCGCAAGCUAUGACUGUCGUAGCAGGUCCCGCAUCUGGCGAUGGUGCAUUGACCGUCGAAGGAGCUCUGGGUUUUCGGACUCCGUAUCAUCACGUCGGGGCCGAUCGGCCUCCGGGCUUGCAUCCAACCGAAGCCCAUAUGGUUCAGAUGAUUGACUGGAUGCGGUACCUCGUGGCGAUGCAGCGACAGCCGCAGCAUUUUCUCCACGCAGAGAACGGGUUGAGGUUGGGCCGAAUCGUCCAAGCGUUCAAUCGGUCGUGGAUGUACUCCGUCGACAGGCUGCAGCUGAUCCCUGCGGACUCGGAUCUAGACAGAGCGCGUCGUCUGCGCAGGACGGUGCGGUACGAGAUGAACGGGAUCCAGGACGAGUACCGCGAGGGAUUGGUCGACGAGUACGAGCAGGAGAUGAGUGGAUGGAUCUCUUACCUGCGCCAGCUGCGGCGCAGCAAUCUGCAGUACUCGAACGAAGAGAGCCGCGUAUCGUUCGCGGCUGUGGCCGAAGCCUUUAACGAAGAAUUCGACCAGACCGUGCGCGCUCUGCUCGGGGAGGAGGACGCGGAGAAUAUAUUGAAUGUGCAGGGCGGCACAGCCGAUCUCGAUCUCAGCCCCCCGCGAGCCGAUCCGGCUCGGAGCCCCCUCCGUACUCACCUUAUGGAAUCGUUGCUAGCUGCGGCAUCCCCACCCAAGGGCCAUCUUAGCCCGAAGCUUGCAUCCCCACCGCCGACAGUGGAAGCGCAAGACUCUCGACCGGGAUCCGCCAAACGGAAGAGGGGGCCGAGCCUGGAAAGCGAGUCCGACAAGCCCGCCGCUAAAGUGCCAGCGCAGGGAAGCCCGGGAGGAGGAGAUGGUCCACUUCCCGGUAGUCCCGGUGGAAGUCGAGUGGCUAGUCCCGCUGGAAGUCCUGGAGGAGGAGGUAGUCCUGUUCGAGGGGCUAGUCCGGCUCGAGGGGCUAGUCCCGAUGGAGGCAGCCCACUUCGAGUGGCUAGUCCGGUGACAAGUCCUGUAGGAGGAGCUACUCCUGUUCGAGGGGCUAGUCCCGUUGGAAGUACUGGAGGAGGAGGUAGUCCUGUUCGAGGGGCGAGUCCCGAUGGAGGUAGUCCACUUCGACCGGCUAGUCCGGUUCAAAGUCCUGUAGGAGGAGCUAGUCCUCUUCGAGUGGCAAGUCCCGUGGGAAGUCCAGGUGGAGUCCCCGGGGGAGUUAGUCCACCUCGAGGGGCGAGUCCAGUGGGAAUUCCUGCAGGAGCAGCUAGUCCCGGUCCCGGAGGAGGAAGUCCUGUUCGAGGGGCUAGUCCCGAUGGAGGUAGUCCACUUCGACCGGCUAGUCCGGUUCAAGGUCCUGUAGGAGGAGCUAGUCCUCUUCGAGUGGCAAGUCCUGUAGGAAGUCCAGGUGGAGUCCCCGGGGGAGUUAGUCCACCUCGAGGGGCGAGUCCGGUGGGAAUUCCUGCGGGAGCAGCUAGUCCCGGUCCCGGUGGAAGUCCAGGUGGAAGUAGCCCACUCAGUUGGGCUAGUCCGUUUGUAGGCCGUCGAGGAAUUCCUGCGGGAGCAGCUAGUCCCGGUCCCGGUGGAAGUCCAGGUGGAAGUAGCCCACUCAGUUGGGCUAGUCCGUUUGUAGGCCGUGGAGGAGGGGCUAGUUCCGGUCCCGGGGGAAGUCCGGGUGGAGGUUCCGGAGGAUCUAGUCAUCCGGGUGCAGGUCCUGCAGGAGGUGGUAGUCCUGGAGCGCCUAAUCCCGACGGAGGAGGGGGAGGGGGAGGAGGUAGUCCUCCUCCAGCGGGGAGUCCUGGAGCGCCCUCGAGUCCAGGGAGUUCAGGGGAUGAAGUUUACGAUGAAGACGCAUUGUUCAAUGGCUUGAUGCUGCACAUGAAGAUGGACGAAUGGACGAGGUAUCUGUGCAUUAUGCGGCAUCGACCUCAGCGGCUGUCGCAAGAGGAGACUGCCACGACGCUGGCCAAUCUUCUGAACCUCGUGCACACGAAACUCUCUCCCAUCGCAGCGACAUUGGUCAGGUAUUUCCCCACUGUGAACCCGGAGGUAGAUAUGGGAACGGUUGCCCUUCUGCCGUCGUUAAUCAGCCACCGGAAUCACAUCAUACGAGCUGCACUGUUGUCUGCUGGAUUCCAGCAAGGCAUCUCCGUAGCUGCCUUGGAGGCUAUAGACCAGAAUACUAUCUCCGCGUGGACUCAGGAGAUCGAUUCCGUCGCAGACCCCUUCCCUGCCAUCGAUUCUAAAAACCAACAGAGGUUCGUCAUUACGUACCAUGGUUUUUACGACGAAAUAGCCGAUGUCGUAGAUCAAAUUCUUGGUGGCAGGGGAGAGUUUCUCAAAGAAGCGGAACCCAUUCGGAGGGAGAUAUUUCAGACCCCCCAGCUGCACGACCAGGUGGACUUACCAGAGCUUCUUCAAGUAGGUGGGGAUCAUCCCGUACUCAAUGACGAGUGGCAAGCCCCUCUAACUACGAAACAUAUAACGACGCGUAGGGUUGGAAAUUUCCCGAGCCUCCCUGACACUUACAUUGUAGCAGAUGUCGAUCCUAGUGACGUAUCACAUCCUGCAUGCGAAAGCCAAGUCGAGCCGCUGUACCGACAAAGAGCUAUAGUGAACUUGUUCGAUGUUAAUGCCGAUCGUUUCGCUCUAGCCAAGACUUCAGACAAUCUCAGGGACAUACACGGGGGUAGGCUUACGAAGAAUAUCGCUGUCCCACAAGCAAUAUCUGCCCAAGCUCUGACCGAUGAAGCUCAAUACCAUGUUUGGGCUCUGAAAGAGUUGAAGAGAUUGCAACUGGAGGUUUGUCUCUCCGUGAUGGGCACCCCCAAAUACACCCACAUGCCAACCAGCUUGCAAAAUGAUGUGCGGUUCUACAUCAUCGCUUAUCAUAAAUUCAUUCGAGGCCUUGUGGAUCACUGCGAUCAUGAAUGCUCUCGAGUGCUAGAGCCUCAACAGUGCUGCUAUAACCGAAAACUUGCACCUUUGAACGCCAUCAUGGAUCGCGAAAAGCUGCACAAAAAAACGAUGCACAAAUUCGUAAUCGACAUCACAAACGUAGUAACAAAAUGGUUGAACAAAACGGGGUCUCACUGUGUUAAAUUACCAUUCCACGUUAUGGAAAAAAUAAGAAAAUGGAAUCGAGAUCACCAAGGAAAACCUUAUCCUAAAGGAGACGAGUGGGGGCCACUUGUGGCUUCCACAGGAAUGCAAAACAAUCAGUUGAAAUGGAUCUUCAGACGUCUUCGCUUAGAGACCGUCGCUGAGAGAGGGUUGGAACGAGCUAGAGAGUUGGUAAUAGUCCAAGAGCUGGAUGCGAUUGGACAAGCGCCCAAAGACCAGCCACUUAAGCCAGCGGUUGAGGCAUUUCUAACAGGUUGGAUGGAAGCUCAUCGCGAGUAUCCCUACCCAAUACGGUCAGAAAAGGAAACUUUAAGGAAAUAUGCCAGACUGACUUCGAGAAGGAUCCAAACGUGGUUGUCAGAUUAUCGUAGGAAACAUGAUCUCGCCGGUACGUGGAUAAUGAGAGACGCUAAUUUGCUAGAAAGGCAAGGGAAUGGAAGAGGCAUGGAUCCAAGAUAUGGAAAGGUGGGUGCUCCGAUUGCAGAUCCUCACAUAGAUUGGGACCGAGAUGACUCGAGUACCAGUGAGGAUGAUUCCGGGUCGCCUCGUGAUCCAGCAGCAGGAGGUGGAGCAGGAGGAGAUGCAGGAGGAAUAGCAGCAGCAGCGGCAGGAGGUGGAGCAGGAGGAAUAGCAGCGGCGGCGGCGGCAGGAGGUGGAGCAGGAGGAAUAGCAGCAGCGGCGGCGGCGGCAGGAGGAGAAGCAGGAGGAGGUGGAGAAGAUUAUGCUGAUAAUAUGCUGAUAGAUGUCGAUGACAACGAGCGCCCAUUCCCCCAGGCUGAACAGUACGGGGUCACCACCACCAUCGAUCCUGCUACUUUACAAGAAGCUUUCAGUAACGCAAUGCAAGAAGUACCUAUGGUAAUUGAUGGAGGUGACGCUGCUGGUCUUCCGGUUAUCGACAAGGCGGCAGACGCAGAUCUGGGCUUAGGACCUGCGAUUCACGAGGCCAUCGAGAAAGCAGCGCAAGAGCGACCGAUCGGAGAUCAACCUCGGAGGGACAACGAUUACGAGGCGUAUGCACAGGCAAAUCUGCCUGGCGAGACUUUCGUGAUUCUCGACGGACAAUUUGUUCCUGCGGUCGGCGAGAAUGCACCCGAAGACGGCCGAGAGGUCGUACUGUCGAACGUCGGUGCUGGAGGAGGAGGUGGAGCAGAUGCGCAGGCCGCCAUCGUUGCCGAUCCAGGCCGUGCGCCAGAUCCCAUCCUUCCUGGUGUGGACCCGCAUGCACAGCCCCAGCCAGGCCCCAUCGUCGUCCAGCUCGUGCGGAGCCCGCUGCUGCAAGCCCGCCAUGAGAUCCAACAAAUGGACGCCCAGGGCCAGCUCCCGGCCGCCAUCGCCGACGAGGCCUUGGCUAAUCUCCAAAACCAGGAAGCCGAGCCUCCCCCGCCAUCGCCCCAGCAGCCGGUCAUACUCGACCCCAUCCUCCAAGCUGCCCCACCGGCUGCUGGCCAUCCCCAGCCCCAUGCCGGUUCUCCUCCACCGGAUGGUGGCCAUCCCCAGCCCCAUGCCGGUUCUCCUCCACCGGAUGGUGGCCAUCCCCAGCCCCAUGCCGGUUCUCCUCCACCGGCUGCUGGCCAUCCCCAGCCCCAUGCCGGUUCUCCUCCACCGGCUGCUGGCUAUCCCCAGCCCCAUGCCGGUUCUCCUCCACCGGCUGCUGGUUCUCCUCCACCGGCUGCUGGCCAUCCCCAGCCCCAUGCCGGUUCUCCUCCACCGGCUGCUGGCCAUCCCCAGCCCCAUGCCGGUUCUCCUCCUCCGGCUGCUGGCCAUCCCCAGCCCCAUGCCGGUUCUCCUCCACCGGCUGCUGGCCAUCCCCAGCCCCAUGCCGGUUCUCCUCCACCGGCUGCUGGCCAUCCCCAGCCCCCCGCCGGUGCACCUCAAGCCCAGGCGGGCCCCGCUCCCGCACGUCAAGUCGACGACCGUCUGCCAGACCAGGGUCCCUUCGAUAUGGAACGUCGGCGGAGGUUGCGAAUGGAGUGUUGGGAACCCAAUGCACGGAUGGCAACGGACCUCAUGUUUCGAGCCUCUGAAAUGAUCAAGGCCUGCGUGUCCAAGGUUAAUGCCCAAACGAUACUGGCCGCACGUACAGGCACCAUCACGAGACUUGUCCUAAGUCACCAGGGCUUCGCGAAGAGUCAGCCUGUACAUACUUGGGACGAUUGCGUGCCCGGCCCUGUAAACGAGUGCUGCUACUCACUGCGAUACGGAGAGAUAGAUAACAUCGUGGGGGAGCAACAACGCUUGGCUGCCAGUCUGUUUAUGUUCGAUGUGGAAGUUUUCAGGUUGGUGGGGAUAGCAUCCAAUAUACAGAAAGGGAAAUGUAAUCGAGUGAUGAGACUAAAUAUGCCAGGAUGGGUCGUCAGGUGGAUGGACGAGUGGUGCGCGGCAAACGUUGCAGUACACCCCCUUACAGGAAAACAAAUGUUGGCAGCAAUUGAAGCUGAAAUUGGACUGACCUAUGUACAUGCAAUUUCAUUUAUCUACAAGUGGAAGGCGGAAUGCCUGAAUGUUAAGGUUAUUCCGGCUAUCACUAUGGGACAAAUGGAAGAGGCUCAGCGAACUUACAUGAGAAAUUGGUUUGAAGAGCAUGUACAACUUCCUCACCCGACCAAUGCGGAGCUUGAUGUCAUGUGUCGAGAAACGGGUUUAUCAGCCAUAAAGGUAUUAAGAUGGUUGGACAAUUACAGAUUAACAAACAAUUUUAGAAUGACUGGCAUCGAUGGUCAUGGACGGUCUAUGUUUAGACCUAUCCAGCCAGGUGAUGAAGCAGCAAUUGAGAGAAUUACGAAAAGGUUAUUGCUCAUUCGAUAAUCAACACGAAGAUCUAGGGUGUGCACAAAUGCCAUCAUCGACUGAUACCGAAGUAGUCGUAAGAGAUAAACACUAAAGUGGAUGGCAUGGGACAAAUCUGAGAAAAUCCACUAAGAACUGUGAAUCGGGUGGUAUCGGCCUUUUCAACAACGGUUUUCAUGGCAUCUUGACGCUGACUGUACAAUGUGAGUACUAGCUUGUCAUGAAGUACAUGCCGCAUUGUCGAACCCAAAUCCAGAGGAUGAUUAUGCACCAUAGAACUACGCAAUUCUUACAUGCAGAUAGCCUCUAGUGCAAAGUGAAGACAAUUUGGGACGUGACACUGUCAACAAAGUGUAAUCGUUCCAAAUUGCAAUAAAUUUUAUAAGUUAAACAACCCUUCAUCUGAAUACAGAAAAUGACAAAUUGCAAGGGUUCAGUGCAGUACGAUUAUUGUUUGUAUGUGAUAUUAUGGUUCAUGGCAGCCGGAAACCGUCACCUCAAUAUCUUGAGGUAAGGCGAACCUUCAACAAACUGCUCCAUUAAAAACAAUGUAUUACAUGUGCGUGAAAACGUGGCAAGGUGAAGA